CAAAUUUGUCUUGACUGAACCAUGGUUGACCUCCCAUACAGCUUCAAGAAUCAGACCAUUUGAUGGGAGUUCAAUAUUCAGACAUAAUUUUUAACCUAUACAAUCAGACACUUUAUGAACAAACAACAAAGAAUUUUUUUUUAUUUUUUUUUUCUUUCUCACCAUGAAGACGUCGGAAAUAACCCACGCAGCAAUGGCGACCGUCUGCGGAGCCGACAGAAUACUUUUAGUGCCAUAAGACUCUUGGACUACUGCAUACUAAGCAGCCAGAUAAGGUGCCACUCAACUGCUGUGAUGGGCCUCCGCGUCAGGUACUCGUGUCUCCCGGGUGCUUCUGAUUUGGCCCUGCAACUGAAGCCCCGUCCACAGGACCUUGGUUGGCCAAUCCACGGUCGCAAUGGCUGUCUCUUAGACCGGGCAUGCAUCAUCCCGCCCAAGGCACCAACUGCCAGACCCGAUCUUUUCUGGCCAGUCAUUGUCACCGCUUCGAGUGUUUGGAUGGGUCCUUCCGAUCUUUCGGUGUAUAUCCCAAUGGCCUGUACUCCGUCCACGCAGGAGGUGGCCAUUGCAGCCCCGGGGUUGCCAUCAUCACAAGGGUUAUUGCGCAGUAGCGUGUUCAGGGGCAACCAACCGACAGGCACAAAAGAUAACUAACUAUGUACACUUUGUGUAGUCUACCUACACAACGAAAUUGCUGAAUCUUCCAAAAACAUUUUUUUCUCUCCUUCUUUGGCCUCUUGUCUUUCAUUUCGAUAGUGAUGAAAUAGCUGCGAGUUAUAUAGCAAUUAUAUAGCAACAAUAUACUUUGUAG